AUGGUCAAGUCCGACGUGCUCGGGGAUCAGAGCUCUGAGUCUGAGGCCGUGGACGGCCAGAAAGGCUGCAAGCGGGCGGUGCACACCAAGAGAGGAGGGCCCAAGGCUGGACGCCCUGCCCCUGCUGCUGGCAAGGGCGCCCCCCAGUGCUACCUGUGUCAGGAGAGCGACCCGACCAAGAAGUUCCUCGGCUUUGAGCUUCACGAUCUCUGCUUGAAUGCGUGUCGGUCGUCGAGGCGCCGAUGCGAGGACAAGAGAGAGUUCGACAACCUCAUGACCGACGACCCGACGAAGUGGAAGGCCAUCGUCCUCCCUAAUGUGUGCGAGCGUGGCGCACGUGACUCUGCAGUUCGCCGUCAGAGUAAGAACAUGCUCGAUUGCACCAUCAAGUUCCGCCAGGAGGAGAGGACCAUCCCGAAGCUCGAGCUCUGCAAGGUGAGGUAUAUCAACUACAUGUCCUUCUGGAAGGGAGUCGAGAAGGAGGAGGCCGAGCGCGACUUCGACAUCAAGCUCGCAAUCCAGAAGAGAGAUGGCACUGAGAUCUUUGACAAGAUGGGGCGACCGUGCAUCAGCAUUGACGACAACGCAUCUUCGGCGGUCCGACCGGGUGUGAGAGCUGACUGUGCUUCGAAGUCAGCCGCCACGGAUGGCUACGCUCGCGGCGAGGCUCUUCGAAAUGCUUCUUGCGACAGACGCAGCAUCAGCCGUGGCAGCCUCAGCCGCGGCCCUGGCGCGAGCGACUCCCAUGAGGACGGUUCCGGCUGCGAGGUGACGAGCGAGUCUAUCGAGCCCGUGAGAUCACCGACCACCACCCCUCUGCCGCGCAGGAGCCCGAGAUCGGCCACCAAGCGCCUGGGGGUGAUGACCUCAGACAACCUCAAGGCACACGAGGAGGCCGACCCCAUCAAGAGGCGCAGGACUGGCAAGCAGAGCGUCGCCCCGAGCGUCUGUUCGUCUAGGGCGUUCGAAUUCAUGGUGAAUCGGGAUAAGCUGGCGGCACGGGUGAAGGAGGCGAUCAAGGCGAUCAAUGGGCCGAAGUCCCCGUACAAGCAGAUGAUGGCUAAGGCAACGAAGCUCACACCAGAACAGAAGGCUGAGUUGGAGGGCGGUCCCACCGACAUCACGAAAACUCACGCCUCAGUCAUGGACACCCUCAAGCGCCUCGACGAACACAUCAGCAAGCUGAAGCGGCCCGACUACGAGCGCGCGAGGAACGACGUAGUGCAGGUUGAGGCCGAGCUCGAGGAUUUAGGAGAGAAGGUCGAUUCCCAGAUGGAGUGCAUGCAGCUCGUCACCAACAAGGCGUCCAGGGAGACUCGCAAGGAGAACAAGAAGAAACGCUAUGCCCGCACCAAGGUCUCAGGGCACCUGGUUGCUGGCAAAUACCCGAACACGUUCGCCAAGAUCGUGUCGCAGGCCCUGGAGAAGCUCGAGGACGCAGAUGACGAGGCCAGCCUGUCCGAGGAUAUCCAGAAGAACCCAGAUCACAUCAUCCCUGGUCGCAUCUGCCUGUGGACGAGCGUGGACAACUCCACGCGCAAGAUGAUCGCGGAGAUCUCGAGCGACGUUGAGAAGACCGAGAAGUCAUUGAUGGAUGCCAUCUCUUCGCUGGACAACAAGUCGUGGGCUGGGUGCAUGGGGAGGGUCCAGCUCGGCCAUGAUAAGAUCACCGAGUUCGUUGAGCAUGCGGUCGAGGACCCUUCGGAGAAGCACCUGGAGAUCAUGUCCGAGAAGGGUGGCGUUCCCUGGCUGACUUUCGUUCGACCCUACACAUGGCGUGCUGGGCCAAAUCAGUGCCCUUUGCCUGGUAUGGCCGCGGUGUUCGUUGCGAAGACCGACUCGAUUGUGGUCCAGAUCGUGGACGCCAAUGAUGUGGUCAAGAACGGGGUGGCCCUCACCGGCCUUAAGAAGUUCAUGGACACGGCGGAGGGUGGCAAGACGUACCAGAAGAAGUCGCAUGUCUUCAAGCUGCGGAUUGGGGACGUCCUAUUCGUUCCCUUUGGGUUCAUCAUGAUGCCGAUCUACUGCCCCCCGACCGCCACGAUGGAGAAGGCCAGCAAGUCCGAGGCUAUGACAAUGGUUGGAACAAUCUGGAGCAUGACGCUGCUCAACGACAAGUGGGUGAACAUCACUGUCCACAAAGAGACCUGGGCUGCCAUCCUGAAGAUCAACAUGGACCACCUCCAGAAGUCGCGCACCGCCAACUCGCUCUGGGGCGAGCGCUUUGACUUCCUGAAGAAGUUUGUUGAUGCCCUCAACGUCUGA